UGCUGUCCCCGCCGCGGGACGUCUCCGGGAGCGCUCGGGCCCGUUCGCUGUGAGGGCGUGGCUGGAUCCACCUUCCUGGAGGCGGGUCGACUCUCACGCAUCUCGAGGAGGAGGCAGCUUUCUGCUGGGCAUCACUUUAAAAGACAACAAAGGACGUGCCGCCAUUUUCCAUUUAGAUCGGCAACUUCAAAUUCUUACAAUGGAAGCUUCAGAGAAGACAGAGGUGGUUCUGCUUGCUUGUGGUUCCUUUAAUCCUAUCACCAACAUGCACCUCAGGUUGUUUGAGCUGGCCAAAGACUACAUGCAUGGAACUGGAAAAUAUAGAGUGAUCAAAGGCAUAAUUUCCCCUGUUGGUGAUGCAUAUAAGAAGAAAGGACUGAUCCCUGCCCAUCACCGAGUUAUUAUGGCAGAGCUUGCUACCAAGAAUUCAAAAUGGGUGGAAGUUGAUACGUGGGAAAGUCUUCAGAAUGAGUGGAUAGAAACUGCUAAAGUGCUCAGACAUCAUCAAGAGAAACUGGAGGCUAGUAACUGUGACAACCAGCGGGAGUCACCUACUCUGGAAAAGCCUGGAUGCAAGAGGAAGUGGACUGAACAAAGACAAGAUUUUAGUCAAAAUAAAUCCUUGCAGUCAAAAGCGAAAGGUGUGCCAGAAGUAAAGUUACUCUGUGGAGCAGAUUUAUUGGAGUCCUUUGGUGUUCCCAAUUUGUGGAAGACUGAGGAUAUCUCCCAAAUUGUGGGGGGCUAUGGGCUCGUGUGUAUUACUCGGGCUGGAAAUGAUGCUCAGAAAUUCAUCUAUGAAUCUGAUGUGCUGUGGAAACAUCGGAGCAACAUUCACCUGGUGAACGAAUGGAUCACCAACGACAUCUCUUCUACGAAAAUCAGGCGAGCCCUCAGAAGGGGCCAGAGCAUUCGCUACUUGGUACCAGACCUUGUCCAAGAAUACAUUGAAAAGCAUAGUUUGUAUAGCUCAGAGAGUGAAGACAGGAAUGCUGGGAUUGUCCUGGCUCCUUUGCAGAAAAACACUGCAGAAGCUAAGUCAUAGGGAAUUCUACAGCAUGAUAUUUUGGACCUCCCUUGUGGGAAUUCGAAACAACCUGCAUGUUAGUAACUGGGGAAAGAAGUUGUGAUUCUGAUUCAUACACAAAAGCUUAAAAUUUUGGUAAAAAUCAGGAGUAAAUGAAAAUCAGCUUUU